GUCCGGGCGCGCGGGACAUGUUGACGCGGACCUCGGACAGGAUCAGGACCAGGAGGACCAGCGGGAGCGCCCGGUUCAGGGUCUGAGAUGGCCGACGCACAACGGAACGGCACCUCCAGCCACUCGCUCGAGAUGGCCAACAGCAACCAGGAGCUAGUCUCGCGCGGACGGGCGCGUCGUUGGAAAUGGUUGGGGCUCGGUAUCGCGGCCGCGGUCACGAUCGCCAUCGUGACCACCGUCCUGGUUUUGGUCUUGAAGCCCAGCCCCGACGAGCCGAAGGGCGCGCAGCUCACGCUGGAGGACAUCCUCAGCCGACGGUUUGCGCCUCGGCAGUUCAACGCCAGCUGGAUCUCAGACACAGAGCUGUUUUUCGACAAGGACACGUCCGGUUACGAGCCGGUUGUGUUCGACAUUAGUUCCAAACUUUCCAAAUCUCCAUUUUCCGAUAAUGUAAAGUUAGAAUACCAGACAUUCCAGACUGAACUGUCAGCAGACAAAAAGUAUGCCUUAGAAUCUUUUUCGUACAGAGCGCUGUACAGACAUUCCUACCUAGCCUACUACAACAUUAUUGACGUGGCGACAGGGAAGAAGACCCCCAUUCUGAUCCCCGGCCGGAGCGAGCCGGUGUUCGUCCAGCUGGCCGAGUGGGGCCCGCAGGGCAGCGCACUGGCCGUGGUCGUGGGCAACGACAUCUACUACCAGAAGGACGCCCUGUCGCAGCUCGUGAGGGUCACAACGACGGGCGUGCACGACACCGUCUACAACGGCGUGCCCGACUGGGUCUACGAGGAGGAGGUGCUGUCGAGCAAGAAGGCCCUGUGGUUCUCGCCCGACGGCGCGCUGCUCGCGUACGCCACCUACAACGACACCCGCGUGCCCGUCAUGACCCUGCCGUACUACGGCCGGCCCGGCGACCUCACGUUCCAGUACACGCGCGCCGUCAACAUCAGAUACCCCAAGCCCGGCACCAACAACCCCGACGUGACACUGAGCGUGUUCGACCCGAGCACCGGGGUGCGCGUCACCGUGGAGCCGCCGCCCUCCAUCAAGGCCGGCCCCCACGAGCCGGUGCUGGCCGUGACGCACUGGGUCCCGGACGCGCCCGCGCCGCGCCUACUCACCGUGUGGAUGAACCGCGUCCAGGACCACGCCGUCGUGGAGCUCGUGACGGUGUCGGCGGGCGCCAUCAGCCGGGUCACCCUGGCCGACCUCCAGCAGCCCAAAGGAUGGAUCGAGCUGUUCGAGGAGGGCGUGACGAGCCUGGGCGCGCGCGCCCGCGGCCGGGUGCUGCUGCCGCUCUCGCACCCCGUCGGCACCGACAGCUUCCGCCACAUCGCGCUCUUCCACCCCAACGAGGACGGCUCGUACUCCAGGACCAGCCUGACGGACGGCGCCUACGUCGUCACCAGCAUCCUGUCCUGGGACAGCGACAAUGGAUACGUGUACUUCGUGUCGACGGCCGAGGGCGACCCCAAGCGCGCGCUGGUGCAGCGCGUCAAAGACGACCCGGUGGGCGCGCCCCACAAGCCCGAGUGCCUCUCCUGCAACGUCACCGACUGCCUGUACGCCACGGCCGCGCUCAGCAAGAACAACAGCUACAUCGCGCUCACGUGCUCCGGGCCCGGGGUGCCCUUCACCGCCAUCUACAGCACUGAGAAGGCGCCGCAGAAGCUCAUGGACUGGGAAAACAACGAGAGCAUCCGCGAAGCGCUGGCACCGAUGGCCCUGCCGACGAGGAAGUCGAUCGAGGUGGACCUGCCGGGCGGCUUCAAGGCCCAGGUCAUGCUCUGGAUUCCUCCAGGCGCCGACCUCAGCGGCAAGACCAAGUACCCCAUGCUCGUGGACGUGUACGGGGGUCCCAACUCUUUCCGAGUCUCGGAGCGCUUCGCCAUGGACUGGGGAACGUUCCUGAGCGCGAACAAGAGCGUCAUCUACGCGGCCAUCGACGGCAGGGGCUCGGCAAACAAGGGGGACAACACCAUAUUCUCAAUCUACCACCGAUUUGGCACAUAUGAAGUGGAGGAUCAAAUCAAUGUGACGAAGAAGUUGCAGCAGGAUUUGAAAUACAUAGACACCUCAAAAACUGCAAUUUGGGGAUGGAGCUAUGGAGGUUACGCCUCAGCCAUGGCCCUUGCAAUGGACACAGAGAAUGUGUUCAAAUGUGGCAUGUCUGUUGCUCCUGUAACUGACUGGAUUUAUUACGAUUCUAUUUACACAGAGAGGUACAUGGGAUUACCUACCGAGAAAGAUAAUCGAUUUGGUUAUACGAGAGCCCAGUUGACAAACAAAGUUGGAAACUUUAAGAACAAGUUCUUCAUGCUUGUCCAUGGUACAUUGGAUGACAAUGUUCAUUAUCAACAAUCAAUGAUGUUGUCAAGAGCUCUGGAAGAAGAUGAUAUACUUUUCAGACAACAGAGUUACCCCGAUGAGGAACAUGGAAUAAACUAUUUACAGCCCCAUCUUUACCACACAUUACAGAACUUUUUGAUGGAGUGCUAUCAAUCUGUCUAGUCAAAAGAGAGCAUGAGUGAUUUUGUAAAUGAGUGUACAUAUGUGAUAAACUAGGAUGUACAAACAAAGAGUGAUUGUGAAUAAGAAA